CCAGCAUCACACUGACAUUAUUGUACACAGCAGAAAACGCAGUUCAUCUAACCCCGUUCGACAGUGAUAUUGCAACAGGGCAUCUAUCCAUUGGACUAUACGUUUUGAUGUUCAAGUUGGCUAUUGCAUGCACCAAGCUCAUACUCCGGAAGCCAGAAGACGAAAAAGAAAAAGAAAAUAAUCCUGUCUCCUGACUCAAGUGGCAGCAGCACAACCACAACCACAGCCUUGCGCACGACCUCCUUUUAUUGCUUCUCCAUUCCUUUUCCAACCAUGUUGAUCGGAAUCACGGGCCCCAUCUGUGCCGGCAAACACAGCACGGCCGAGUAUCUCGUCCAACACCACGGUUUUCUGCGACUCCAUCUACCGACAUCAUCACAACUUCAUCAACCACCACCACCGCACAACCAUAUCAAUGGAAAGCAAUCGCAGAACCAGAACCAAAACCAGAACUACAUUGAAUCACAACCCGGCUCCGAAGAUCUCGCACGCCUCUUACCCAGCGUGACCGACCAAAAAGGCACACGCGGCCUAACAUUUCCCGACGUCGAAAGCCUACUCGAAUUCGUGACCAAGCGAUGGCGCGAGCACUGGGUUCUAACAGACAUUUGCGACGAAGCGACGCUCGAGGCCUUGCUGAGACGGCCGUUCUUUUUGCUGCUGAAUGUCGAUGCUCCGGUGGGUGUAAGAUAUGCGAGAUUUAGUGAGAGAUGUCGUCGACGCAAUCUGUCGCCCAUGCCCCUCGCCGACUUCAUCUACUACAACGAUCUACAAUUGUACGGGUCUCGAGUGACGUGUCAUCCUGAACAACACCAGUGCCACUCCAACUCACAAACACCAUCAACUUCACCAUUACCAUUACCAUCAUUUUCCACAGGAACAGCCCACGUCCUCGCCCGCUCCCACCUGCAAAUCCUCAACGCCCAACCCACUUUGUCACUAUACCACGCCUUCUUAUCGACCCUCGACCUCAGCUCCCCCAUCCGCCUCCGCCCCACCUGGGACGCCUACUUCAUGACCCUAGCAUCCCUCGCAAGUCAACGAAGCAACUGCAUGAAACGACGCGUGGGGUGCGUCCUAGUCCACAACUGCCGCAUUAUAUCGACCGGAUACAACGGGACACCGAGGAACCUGACGAACUGCAACGAGGGGGGCUGUGCGAGAUGCAACAGCGCCAGCGGUGGUGGAUCUGCAUUAUCGACAUGUCUGUGUUUACAUGCCGAGGAGAACGCGUUGCUUGAGGCCGGACGCGAGAGAAUUCGUGACGGAACCGUUCUGUAUUGUGAUACGUGUCCGUGUUUGACGUGUAGUGUCAAGAUUGCACAGGUGGGCGUCAAAGAAGUCGUCUAUAGUCAGGGGUAUAAUAUGGAUGAUGCCACCAGGAAAGUUCUUAAUGAGGCUGGGGCCGUGUUGAGGCAGUUUAGUCCUCCGAAGAGCGGGCUGGUUGGGUUUGAUCCAUUGCCUCAUGAUACGCACGAACACGGAAACACAACACCCACUAACAAUAACACCAGCGUAAAUGGAGUCCAAACAACAAGCAGGACGAGGGACAUGGUUCUUGUCAAUGGCCGGAAGUAACUGGAAAAUAUACAUUCUUGAGCAUGAGUGAUUCAGCCUGGACAUCAAAUUCUUGAGCAUGGGCGAUUGACAUAACUGACUCUACCUUUAUCCUGUCCACGAAGUUUGGCUCCUUUCCUAGACAACUACCGUACUGAAAAGCGGGUAUCCAUUCCAUUCUCAUUAUCGCUCAAUCGUAUAGCAACGCUGAGUGAAAGCGCGACAUGAUAACAAAAAGAAACAAGACAUAAAAACAACUUCCUCUGCCACAAAAC